GAACUUUAGUAAUCGAAAAACUUGCCAACUGUUCGCUCUUUUUAAUUAAUUGAUUGAAUAAAUAUAUAUAAAUAUAUAUGUAUGAGUUGAUGAGUAUUUUGAAUAAGACGGAUUAUAUAAGACGGCGAAAUUGGGCAGGACAAUCGCGGAUACGGAAAUAUUGGCCGUAUUAAUAUAAAUUUAUUGGCUGUAUUUUUUUUUUUCGGGAAAUAAAAGAGCAAUUUUUCUGUGACGAUGUCGAAUACCGUCAGUACAUCUCGUGAACGAUGGGAUGUUCGUGCUUCAGACAUUGCGAGGCGUACUCACAAUCCUAUCAGGGCUAUUGUAGAAAAUAUUGUGGUCGAGCCAAAUCCAAAUAAAAAGCUCAUAGCACUUUCUAUUGGUGAUCCAACGACAUUCGGUAACUUGAAACCUCCAAAAGAAGUUAUUGAAGCCAUACAACAAAGUGUCGGUUCAUAUGAAUACAAUGGAUAUGCACCGAGUACUGGCCACCAGAAAGCUCGCGAAGCUGUUGCCGAAUACUGUUCGACUGAAAAUCUUAAAGUGGAAGCUAAAGACGUGAUAUUGUGUAGUGGGUGUUCAUGUGCCUUAGAUUUGUGUAUAACGGUAUUAGCUAAAGAAGGCCAGAAUAUUUUGAUACCCAGACCUGGAUUUUCUCUGUACCGCACACUCGCAGUAGGACUCGGUGUGACUGUCAGAGCUUACAAUCUUUUGCCGGAUCUAGGUUGGGAAAUAGAUCUCGAUCAUCUCGCAUCGUUGAUCGACGAGAGAACCGCCGCAAUCAUUGUAAAUAAUCCUUCUAAUCCUUGUGGUUCUGUCUACAGUCGUCAUCACCUGUUGGAUAUUAUCGAUGUCGCUGCUAAAUAUCAUGUUCCUGUUAUUGCUGACGAAAUCUACGAGCACAUGGUUUUUCCUGGACGGACAUUUUAUCCUCUGGCCUCUCUAUCAACAGAAGUUCCAAUUUUAUCAUGCAGCGGUUUAGCCAAAAGAUUUCUCGUACCUGGAUGGCGAAUGGGAUGGGUAAUAAUUCACGACCGACAAAAUGUAUUCAAUAAUGAGAUACGCCCGGGUUUGCAAAGUCUAAGCCAAAGAAUAAUUGGUAGCAGUACAAUAAUUCAAGGAGCAUUACCAGGAAUACUUAAAAAUACGCCUCAACGAUUUUUCGACGACGUUACCAAGCUUCUGUAUAAUCACUCGAUAACGACGUUCAAUCUUAUUAAGGAGAUUCCUGGACUGAAGCCAAUUAUGCCUGACGGGGCCAUGUACAUGAUGGUGCAUAUCGAUUUGGAAUCCUUUCCCGAAUUUAAUACCGAAGUUGAUUUUGUCGAGCGACUCUUGAUGGAAGAGUCUGUUUUCUGUCUACCCGGAGGCUGCUUUGACUUGCCGUCUUACAUAAGAUUGGUAAUAACAGUGCCGGUGGAAAUGCAAGAGGAAGCUUGCAAGAGAAUCGGAGACUUUUGUCAUCGGCACCACUGCAAAACGCAGAAUUUAAUAAGAAAUUCAAUUGAAGGCGUUGAGAUACCAUAUUAAUUAUUAUCAUUGUUAUAUAUUUUUUUAAUAAAUUUAAUGUGAAUAAUAAAAUAAAUAUUUAAAAUAAAAACCGGCCAUUUCCUCGUUACCCAGACUCCAGAGAGCUCUUGUCUUUUAUUCCUAUUGUAUUAUUUUAAUCAACAAUUGUACGACAGACAGUCUAUUGCAUGAUGACCCGGUCACUAUCUCCCUCAUAUACUUAUAUCUGCAUAUGUAUAUAUAGAUAUGUAGAUGUAUACAUAAAUGUAUGUAGACAAUAUUAGAGUACACUCGGUAAUUUUAGUAAAGGGUAUAGAUAUAUAGAUGAGUGGCUUGUUAUCGCAUACCAAUGCCCUUUGUACGAUCUAUGAUACAUAUACUAGGUAGCAGUAAUGUUCUUGCAUUUAUCGUUGCAGUUAUACAUGCAGAUCACGAGGAUAUGAAUGUAUGCUUUAUUAAUAUUUGAUGCUUGUUACUAGCAUGUUUGAAUUUAUUUAAUAUUAUCUAUCCGAGUUUUGUUUACUUAUAAAAUAUAUGUACGUAUACUGAAAAAAUUUGCGGAGUGCACGUAU